AUGUCAUNCGGGGCGUUAAACGUGGGCCCGAUGAACCGCGAAGCUAAUAAUGAAAACGUGGUCUGUUCACCCGUGGGUGCUGGUUACACAAUCUUACCUUCGAUCAUCAUUGGUUCACGAGACAAGAAUUUAAAGCGUCAGCUGCGUAAAACCCUUUCUCUGAAAACUAAGAUUUAUCAAGUUAAAUGGACAUACCUAUUAUGGAAUUAUGAAGUUCAGUCUACCAAAAACGUGACCCUCAAAUUGGCCAGCAAAGUUUACGUACCCAAGAAGUUCAAAAUAAAAGAGAAGUUUAGGAAAGAUGCUAAAUUUUACUUUUCAACUGAAGUAGCUCCAAUGAAAAGUAAUCUGUCAGAGUUUGUCGCCAAAACAAACGAAUGGAUCAGUGAGAAAACAGUCAAGAAAAUUGAUCGAAUUUUCAAUGAAGGUGACAUAACACAAAGCACUAGCCUAGUCGUUUUAAACGUUAUUUACUUCCGUGGCGAUUGGAAGUACCCAUUCAAUCCUAAAUCUACAAGAAGACAAUUUUUCCACCAAUUUGGAAACAGGAAGUAUGUUGAGCUUCCGUACAGGAAUUCGGACUAUAAAUUGGUUAUUAUGGUGCCAUUGGGGAAAAAAACCAACAAAGUUAAAUUUGAAGCGCUUGGUCGGAAUUUACAAAACUUGGAUUAUGGAACGCUUAACGUAACGCAGUCCAUGGUAAAACUGAAAAUUCCAAAAUUUACCAUAAAAAGUACCAUUGAUCUCGUGCCUGUUUUAAAAAAGGUAUGA